UUAUUCUUCCCUUCCGACCGAGCGCCUCGUUUUCGUUAUCUUUCGUUCUACGUAACGCUGGCCUUGCCUUGAUCGACCAACGAUCGACCAUCAUCACUCCGUCAUCCGUUCGUUCUACUCCUCGCGGAACGACGUCCUGGAAGUUGCUUUUUCGAGUGAAAAAGUGCUUCGUAUCUCUUUUCCACCGUUUCGUCUCUCUCUUUCUCUCUCUCUCUCUUUCUUUCUCUUUCGCGCGCGCUGCAACGAACUAAGCAUUUAACAUCAUCGUUUCACGUGAUCCAACGGAACGGAGAUAUUUCGUUCGAGGGAAGAUUCCUUUGGCCAAUUUACAAGAUACACUCGUUCCCAGUUUUUCAACACAAUGAUGUUGAUGAGCGUGCUAGUGUCUCUAUUGUUCGUCGUUAUGGCUAAAUGUCAUCCCAUAUCCUACAACACAUACGACGAAAGAGAAUUGUCACGGGAUCAUCCACCACUCUUACUUCUCGUUGAUCACCGAAUUCCGGAUUUAGAGAAUGAAAUGUUCGACUCGGGAAACGAUCCAGGAUCAACAGUAGUCCGAACGAAACGUCUUGAAUCAAAACGUAUCGGAUCAUUGUCGAUCGUGAAUUCUAUGGAUGUGUUACGACAAAGGGUUCUUCUUGAACUUGCUAGACGUAAAGCAUUACAGGAUCAAGCUCAAAUCGACGCCAAUCGUCGUCUUUUGGAGACGAUUGGAAAAAGAUCGUUACCUCUUUACGGCGGAAACAUGUCUAAAACCGGCGAUUCAAGGUUGAAAAGCGAAUUUGAAUACGUACUCGAGCAACAAGGAAAAAAUCAUGAUCGAAACGUGGCACCGGAAAGAAUUUCCGAAAGACUGCAGGAUUGGCUCCAUAACGAUGAUUCGACAUUUCGAGAAAGACAGGAUGAUCAAACGCGAAGGGCGCAAACAAAUGAGCUACGUUUAUUGUAAUCAACACUCAAGGAGAACACUCACAAUCAAUUUUCGCUAUAUUACGAUUUUUUAUCUAAAGCUAAUGAAUUGCAUAUAGUUUAUCUAUUAUUCGUCAUAUUCCUCAGGUUAUAUAUAUAUA